AUGGGAACUUUUCUUGGCCAUCUUGUACCUGGUUUGGCACUUGCCCUCCUUGGUCUAUGGCAUACUAUAAACACCAUUGGAGCUUAUUACAUAAAAGGCCCAACUAAGUUUAUGUUAAGAUUCUGGUAUCCAUUGAAGACUCCUCUUUGCAAACUAGAACACAUCGAACUCGUUCUUGUCUUGUCAUUUUCAGUAUUUGCUAUUUUAAUGCAAAUCAUGGACUUCCCAUACAUGCAAUUCUCCUUCAAGCUAGACAAUUUUGAACAUGCAACUAUGUUUCUCCACCUAGUUAUAUUUGCAGGUUACAUUCUAUUCUCGGAGUUCAAAAGUUCGACUGAUACCCCGGUCGGUGUGUCGGGAAUUCUUGCAGCCUCAGUAUUCGGACAAGAACUUUUCCUACUUCAUUUUCAUUCAACUGAUCAUGUUGGACUUGAAGGGCAUUACCACUGGCUGCUGCAGCUUAUAGUUUGCAUUUCUCUUGUGGCAGCAAUAUUUGCAACUUGUUUCCCUACUAGCUUUCCUGUGGCACUUGUUCUUACAGUAUCUGUCGUUUUCCAAGGUUGCUGGCUCAUUAACAUGGGAUUUGUGCUAUGGGUUCGUAAGUUCAUCCCACAUGGAUGCUCUGUUCAGUUGAGUAAUGCUAGCAACAGUAUCAUGCUAGGGGCCGUUUUAUGUGAAACACACGAGGCGGAUUUGAGAGCAAGAGCAAUGGCUAACUUGCAGUUUAGUUGGAUACUUGCAGCAAUUUUGAUGGUUGUGUCAUGUAUUUCUUUGGUUUUUGACAGACAGCAGAUGCCACCGAGGAUAUCGCCUGAGUACGAGAAACUUAAUAAUACCCGAUUGCAUGAUAUUGGAUUCAUGCAAAUCCAACUGUAA